UUAUUUUGUUUUUUUUUUCUGAGACAGGGUCUCCCUCUGUUGUCCAAGGCUGGAGUGUAGUAGUGCUAUCGCAGCUGACUGCAGCCUCAACCUUCCAGGCUGAAGCGAUCCUCCCACCUCAACCUCCCACGUGGCUGAGACUACAGGUGCUUGCUACUAUGCCCAACUAAUAUUUGGAAUUUUCGUAUACGUGGAUUCCAGAGGGGUGACAGCGAAACGUGGGACCAUCCAGUUGCAGGAAAACAAGCUUAACACGCCCACCGAUUCUACAUUAUGCUCCUACCUCCCGGCAGCCUCUCCAGGCCCAGAACUCUCUCCAGUCAGCGUCUACAGACCAAGCUCAUGACUCACAAUGGACUAUUUAGGCCCAUACCCUACCUCACGGCAGUCUCCGCAGAUGAGCCUACGGCCUCACAACAGCCUCCACAGGCACAGCUCCAUCGUUACAAUGGCCUCUUUAGACCCAGCUCCUGCCUCCCGGCCUUCUCUCCAGGCCCUGAACUUUCUCAGGUCUCCCUCUGUUGUCCAAGGCUGGAGUGUAGUAGUGCUAUCGCAGCUGACCGCAGCCUCAACCUUCCAGGCUGAAGCGAUCCUCCCACCUCAACCUCCCACGUGGCUGAGACUACAGGUGCUUGCCACUAUGCCCAACUAAUAUUUGGAAUUUUCGUAUACGUGGAUUCCAGAGGGGUGAUAGCGAAACGUGGGACCAUCCAGUUGCAGGAAAACAAGCUUAACACGCCCACCGAUUCUACAUUAUGCUCCUACCUCCCGGCAGCCUCUCCAGGCCCAGAACUCUCUCCAGUCAGCCUCUACAGACCAAGCUCAUGACUCACAAUGGCCUAUUUAGGCCCAUACCCUACCUCACGGCAGUCUCCGCAGAUGAGCCUACGGCCUCACAACAGCCUCCACAGGCACAGCUCCAUCGUUACAAUGGCCUCUUUAGACCCAGCUCCUGCCUCCCGGCCUUCUCUCCAGGCCCUGAACUUUCUCAGGUCUCCCUCUGUUGUCCAAGGCUGGAGUGUAGUAGUGCUAUCGCAGCUGACCGCAGCCUCAACCUUCCAGGCUGAAGCGAUCCUCCCACCUCAACCUCCCACGUGGCUGAGACUACAGGUGCUUGCCACUAUGCCCAACUAAUAUUUGGAAUUUUCGUAUACGUGGAUUCCAGAGGGGUGAUAGCGAAACGUGGGACCAUCCAGUUGCAGGAAAACAAGCUUAACACGCCCACCGAUUCUACAUUAUGCUCCUACCUCCCGGCAGCCUCUCCAGGCCCAGAACUCUCUCCAGUCAGCCUCUACAGACCAAGCUCAUGACUCACAAUGGCCUAUUUAGGCCCAUACCCUACCUCACGGCAGUCUCCGCAGAUGAGCCUACGGCCUCACAACAGCCUCCACAGGCACAGCUCCAUCGUUACAAUGGCCUCUUUAGACCCAGCUCCUGCCUCCCGGCCUUCUCUCCAGGCCCUGAACUUUCUCAGGUCUCCCUCUGUUGUCCAAGGCUGGAGUGUAGUAGUGCUAUCGCAGCUGACCGCAGCCUCAACCUUCCAGGCUGAAGCGAUCCUCCCACCUCAACCUCCCACGUGGCUGAGACUACAGGUGCUUGCCACUAUGCCCAACUAAUAUUUGGAAUUUUCGUAUACGUGGAUUCCAGAGGGGUGAUAGCGAAACGUGGGACCAUCCAGUUGCAGGAAAACAAGCUUAACACGCCCACCGAUUCUACAUUAUGCUCCUACCUCCCGGCAGCCUCUCCAGGCCCAGAACUCUCUCCAGUCAGCCUCUACAGACCAAGCUCAUGACUCACAAUGGCCUAUUUAGGCCCAUACCCUACCUCACGGCAGUCUCCGCAGAUGAGCCUACGGCCUCACAACAGCCUCCACAGGCACAGCUCCAUCGUUACAAUGGCCUCUUUAGACCCAGCUCCUGCCUCCCGGCCUUCUCUCCAGGCCCUGAACUUUCUCAGGUCUCCCUCUGUUGUCCAAGGCUGGAGUGUAGUAGUGCUAUCGCAGCUGACCGCAGCCUCAACCUUCCAGGCUGAAGCGAUCCUCCCACCUCAACCUCCCACGUGGCUGAGACUACAGGUGCUUGCCACUAUGCCCAACUAAUAUUUGGAAUUUUCGUAUACGUGGAUUCCAGAGGGGUGAUAGCGAAACGUGGGACCAUCCAGUUGCAGGAAAACAAGCUUAACACGCCCACUGAUUCUACAUUAUGCUCCUACCUCCCGGCAGCCUCUCCAGGCCCAGAACUCUCUCCAGUCAGCGUCUACAGACCAAGCUCAUGACUCACAAUGGCCUAUUUAGGCCCAUACCCUACCUCACGGCAGUCUCCGCAGAUGAGGCUACUGCCUCACAACAGCCUCCACAGGCACAGCUCCAUCGUUACAAUGGCCUGUUUAGACCCAGCUCCUGCCUCCCAGCCUUCUCUCCAGGGCCUGAGCUUUCUCAAGUCAACCUCACCAGGCCCAGCUCAUGCUUCUUUGCAGCCUCUCCAGGCCCAGCUCCUGCAUCUUGGUGGCCUCUACAGUCCCAACAUCUGCCUCACAGCAGAUUCUUCAGGCCCAGCAUCUGCCUCACUGUGGACCCCCCAAGCCAAGCUCCCAACCUUUCAGCAGCUUCUACACACCCAGCUCCUGCCACCCAGUGGCCUCUUUAGGCCAAGCUCAUGCUUCACAAGGGCCUUUCCAGGCCCAGCUUUUAUCUCAUGGCAACCUUCCCUGGCCAGAUUCCUGCCUGUCUCCCAGCAGCCUAGACAGGCCCAGGUCUUGCCCCACACUGGCCUCUCUACAUCCAGCUCUUGCCUCACGGUGGCCUCUCCAGGCCCAACUCCUGUCCCAGAACGUCAUCUCCGGGCCCAAAACUUACUCAAGUCAGACUCUCUAGUCCCAACUGCUGCCUCCUGGUGGCCUAUGAAGGCCCAAAAUCUCCUCAAGUUGACCUCUCCAGGCCCAGCUCCUGCCUCGCAAUUGCCUUUGUAGGCCAAGA